UAGUCUGAGUCUUUAUGCAGGACAAGUCUGCAUCUGUUCAGUUGACUCACUGAAGAGUCUGCACAUAUCCAGACUGUUAACACCUGGGUCUCCAUUCAAUGUAUUUUUAAGCUCCACAAUUUAGAUUUUGGAGUUUCAAGAUUAUGAACAUCAAGCAUCUAAUGCAUAUCCCGUGGCUGUGAUGCGCUGAGAUCAUGACAGACAAUAAGGAACAGGACACAGAGAUCCACCCCUUGAAAAGUGAGGAGGGGGUGUCGCCAGCUUCGCCCACCAAGAAGGGGGUCUGUCUGGGGGGCUCGAGGCUGUUCCACCUGUCAAGCUGGCGCACUGUUGCCUUCUUCGCCUCCCUCUUCCUCUGCCUCACCAUCGUCUUUGCCUUCUCCUUCAUCAUCCCCUGCCCUGUGCGUCCUGUCUCACAGCGCACCUGGAUCAACACAUAUAGAGAUUCAUCAACAUAUACAUUUCUGGCUGUAACGGAUGCAAAUAAUGACAAAGUUAUGGAUGUCAUUUUUGCCUUCAGGGGCUCCAAUGGCAGUCUGAAUGCAUCUUGCAGCAAUAAAGGGUUCUCUCCGUGUUCCUUCCUGGUCGCUGUCACGGGCACCAACGGCAGUGUCCUGUGGAAGAGGUCACUCAGUCAGGAGCUGCUGUGGGUGCAGUGUGGGAUUGAGAAUCUGGGCGGGCUGGAGGCUGCCGGGUGUCUGGUGUUCAAUUCCCAACACCUGACCGCCAUUGAUUCCCGGAGCGGGGUAACUUUGUGGGAAAACAACAAUACACUGGAGCUGAAGCAGCUGGCUGUGAAGGUCCCAGACCUGGAUGGGGAUGAAGUGGGGGAUGUGGCACUGAUUGGGGUCGCUGAAAACAAGACAAAGGUGGUUAUUGUUUCAGGAAAAACUGGCCAGCAGAUUGGUACUGAUGCAGAUCCUGGUCUCAGUGAUGUAUCGGGCCACGUAAUUCAUGUCACCAGCAGUGGGUCUUACUAUAUUCUGUUUAAAAAAGACUCUGCUGUUUAUGGAUACGCUCUGAAGAAUAUUGUUGCCAUGGCAAUCAAAACGCCCGGGAGUAACACCAGUAACAUUAAACUGCAGCAGGAUCCCAAGUGGGAGGAAAUGACCAACAGCACCUCUGGAAGUGUGUCUGUUUACAAUUCGGGCUCUGUUCAGCACCUGUUGAAAAUGGGGAUCCAGGGGAAGACUCCAGAGAACCUGCUUCUAGUGACUGGACACUGGGUGGAGCUGAUAGACGGACAGAGUCUGAGCUCCCUGUGGAGGGUCAACAUCACCAAGGUUAUCAGUGAACCAGUUUUUGGAAACUUCAAUAAUGACGGUGUUCCAGAUGUUGUGGUUGAAGACGAAAUUGGAAACGGUACAAAAAAGGUGGUGAUUCUGGAUGGCAGCUCUGGAGCGGUGUUGUGGGAGGUGGAGAUGAUGUCCAGCUCAACAAGCCCAAAGCCUUCUACAGUGAACACUGCAGACUACAGUUCGGCCUUCCUCUUCUGGGGGGAGGUCCGUGGCAAGACGAACACAACUGUAUCAUUGAACCAGCAGGAUUUUUUGUACCUGCUUCAUCCUUCCUAUCCCAAAAUCCUUUUGGAGCUGAACAACAGCACUGAGAAUAUAGCAGCAUUCAAAGCGGUCCUCUUUGAGAAGAGCAGGCAUGCAUGUUACGUGCUGCUGACCGGCCCCACGGAGCAGUCGGAGACGGGCAGCGUGUCGCUCUCCAAGCGCAGGCUGAAGGAGGACGUCGCUCUCAGCAGGGUGGUGCGGCUGAGCCAGGAGGAAGGGUUCAGCGACCAGGAGGUCAGGGACAGCUUCCUCAUGCUGCGGUACAGCAGCAGCGCCUAGAGCAUCGCACACCCGUCGAGACCGAGGCUGCCUCCACUCGCACACGAACAGCACAAACCUAAAACGCUCAGCGUCUUUCCAUGUCCUGAUGUGGACGAGCGCAUUCUCACAUGGAAAGGUUUUGGGAGAAGACUGCGGUGCUUUCUUUUUUUUUUUUUUUUUUGUUUAUGUGGCAUUAUCCUUUUUAACAUGGCAUUGGAUAAGCACAUUGGACAACAGCUUAUGUCAGGGCUAGGUAACUCCACUCCAGGAUUACUGCUGUAAGACCUGGUCAGGUGGUUGCAUUUAUUGAUUAAGAACACGGGCCAUGAUUGCCUAAACCUGGCAUUUGGUAUCACUCAAUGUUAUUUACACUAGCUACACAGCAGUUUCACAUGCCAUUACUUAAUAAUGGCAGAUGUAUAAUGGAACUACACAACUUUGUGAGUAAGCAGAGUAGUUACUGACACAGAAAGAUUUGCCAAAAUGUCGUCUAACCUGAAUAUUUGAUAGACUACUCAAAUUCUGACUUUGUUAUAGGUUUGUGCUUUUCAAAUUACAAUGACUUUAAUUUUAUCUUUUUCAUUUGAAUUUAAGGUGCAUAGCCUUCCUGUUUCUUAAUAUUGGUGACCAAAUGUGUGUUAUGUUUUUUUUUAUUUUUUUUUUUAUGUUUUUCAAAUACAAAUAUAGUUGAGUGUUUGCUUUUGGGAGGUUAUUAAUUAGUUUUGUUUGAGACUUCGACUUUAUCUCUUACUGCUUGAAUCUCGCCAAACUAUGAGCCAGCAGAGCCCCUUGAAACGCUGAAAACCGGUCCCAGUGCAUCCAUUUAAACCAAAGUUUAACCUAAAUGGGGAAUUAAAAAAAAAAAAAGGAGAAAAAAAGAAAGCUUUGAAAUACAUUAAACUGAGCAAAACCAAAACAGAAAAGCAAUGAUAGAAGGGACAACUUGUUGAAUACGUUUGAAUAAUGAUUCCUUUCUUGCACUCCCGUCAUGGAGUUUCAGGUACUUUAUUUAAAGAAACACGAUGAGGUUAUAGAGCACAUUUUGAACAAUGUAUGAAUACAGUUUUAAUUGCAGAGCAUAAAUUGGUCAACUCAAGGCCACAUAGUUUGCUGCAGUGGACAAAAUAUAGCAUUACUGUAACAUGAAGCAUUAGCAACCAAGCUUUUAAAUCUGAAGAUUUCCAAUAUACAUACCUUCCAAGUACAGAAAUGCAUAGAGCAUUAUGCAAUGUAGUGCAAAAAUAAGAGGCGUUACAAUUUAGUUAAAGGGGGGGGGGGUUUCCUCAAUAUUUUGAGAUUCAUUCUGUAAUUGCAUGCUGAUCUAUUUAUUGAUUUAGAAGUUUUCUCCAGUUUUUGUUAAUUUGAUCUCAAAUGAUUUGGAUAACUAAACGUAAAAUAUGUAUUUCUAACAGGGUGAUGUGCACUGCAUAUUAUAUAACUAAAUAUAGGUACAAUAUGGCACAGGUUUGACCCCCAGAGUUUCAUUGAAAUACAGUGGUUCUGAAAAAUGCUUUGUGGGGUGUUAGUUUGGUUAAAUAUAAUAUACUAUAAUAUAUUUAAAAGCUCUUUUGAAAGUUAGAUGUUUUAAAUUAUUUUAAUAUAACGGUUUGGUUGAUUUAAGUUUAGCCCAGUUGGGUAUGGGGAGAUUCUACAUCUAGUGGCAGGCUUGGUUUUAUUUCCAAUCACGCUGGAUCCAGUCCAGAGUAAUCCAAUGGAAUACUGUUUCUUUUAUUAUGAAUAAAGUAACAGUAACACAAAGUGCUAAUGACGUAUUCAUUUGAUUAGAACAUGGCAUGAAAUUGUAUUUUUUAUCCACAUUUUCCGACGAGUGAUAGUUAAAGGUUUCUUUUGGUGCUGUUUUAGUUUCAUUAUUGAAACAGGUUCACUGUUACUGUAGCAUGUUUGUGUGUUCCACUUUGACUUCUAUCUUUCUGCAAAAUCCUUUUAGUUGUGUGAAAAGGGUGCAAAAUCUGGCUUGCAGUUCGUUAUGCUAUACAGUACUUCCAUUAGGCUACAAUCCCCCUGUUCAUAUCCACUGGCCCAAUGAUUAUGGGAUGUACAGAGCAGGCAUCACACAGGGUAUUGGCAUAUGGAGAGUGGACAGUUGGGAACCCCUUUACCAGCAUAGACUGUUAUGUUUUGAUAUAUUAGCAAAUUACCUGAAUAUGGGAUGGACGGUGGGCAUCAGUCCAGGUUUAAGAGAAUGUGUUUUGUACACCAAUGAAUAUCAAUGAAUUGUUUGGAGCAGCGUACCUACAGCCCUGCUUGGUUCUGGAGGUUUUGCUGGGACCGUGAGCGAGUGGUACAGCCAGGUAUAUAGACUGCUGUCGGGUUACAUGUGUCUUCGCUGUGCCUUUUGUUUAUUAUGCUGGUAUUACUGUGUGGGUUUUUAUUUUGUAUUACAAUACCAAGCAAUUAAAGUGGUACCUUUUC